CUUUUCUACCCCAACGCUGAAAGUAGCUCAAAGACAAUUCUGCACAGGACGUGAGAAUCCAACCAAGGGGAAGUUAGAAUAAAACAAAGGGAGACGCAAAGUUGUCAUUUAUCAUCUGUUUGGAUUCUGUCUCUGUUCCAAGCGGCCUCUUGUUUUAUUAGGAGGUUUUACGCGUGUGCGCCAAGGAACGGGGGCGCUGAAGGAUUCUGUGUGUGAGCUGAGUAAGUUAAAGCCGAGUGAAUGUAUAGCAUGAUGAUGGAAACGGACUUGCACUCUCCAGGACCCCAGACUAACACAAGCACGGGUCACACUGGACCCAACAGCGGUGGCAAAGUUAACCAAGACCGCGUUAAGAGACCCAUGAACGCGUUCAUGGUGUGGUCUCGGGGUCAGCGCAGAAAGAUGGCACAGGAGAAUCCCAAAAUGCACAACUCGGAAAUCAGCAAGCGGCUGGGAGCGGAGUGGAAGGUCAUGUCCGAGGCGGAAAAGCGACCCUUCAUUGACGAGGCGAAAAGAUUACGUGCCAUGCACAUGAAAGAGCAUCCGGAUUACAAGUACCGGCCCCGGAGGAAGACCAAGACGCUGCUUAAGAAGGACAAAUACUCCUUGGCCGGUGGCCUGCUUGCUGGAUCUGGGGCCGGAGGUGGUAUGGGUCUGGGAAUGGGUGUCGCGGGGGUCGGGCAGAGGUUGGAGAGUCCGGUGGGUCACGGUGGGAGUACCGCGGCGAGCUACGCACACAUGAACGGCUGGACAAACGGCACGUACUCGGGGCAGGUGGCAGCCGCCGCGGCUGCAGCUGCAAUGAUGCAAGAGGCUCAGCUCGCCUACAGUCAGCACCCGGGCAGCGGAGCGCAUCACCACCACGGGCACCACCACCAUCCGCACAAUCCCCAGCCCAUGCACCGCUACGAAAUGUCCGCUUUCCAGUACAGCCCCAUCUCAAACUCUCAGAGCUACAUGAGCGCUUCACCUUCAGGCUAUGGGGGAAUAUCCUACACGCAGCACCAAAACUCCAGCGUGGCUUCAUCAGGGGCUAUGCUGGGAUCUCUGGUGAAAUCAGAACCGAGCGUAAGCCCUCCCGUUACCACUCACCCCCGAGCCCCUUGUCCCGGCGACUUGCGUGAGAUGAUAAGCAUGUAUUUACCGACGCCGGAGACAGGGGACCCGUCAAUCCAGAGCAGACUUCACGCUGUACCACAACACUAUCAAAGUUCCACGACGAGCGUAAACGGAACCGUUCCACUGACACACAUAUGAAAAGGACGCAUUCAGACUGAAAUAACCAAAUAUUUACCUCUUUUAGAGCAUAACUACCUUUUUGUACAGAAUGUUUGUUCUUGUAAAUUUGAAGGCGAUAUUAUUUAAAUAUAAAACUUUAACAGAGGGAUGGAUUUCGUCUGAAUAAUGUGUCCAUAUUUCGACAUGCGUGAGGUUUACACGUUUGAAUUUUGUGUGCGCGCGCGUGUGUGUGUGUGUGUGAGAGAGAGAGAGAGAGAUGGUAUGUUAAAAACAGAAAAAAGUGUGCGUGUUAAAGUGUAAAAUAUAGUCAAAAUGCAAUGUUUUUGAAGUUUUCUAAGAUUUUUCUCUAUCCCAUUUUGAUUUGUCAAUAAGUGAGUUACUGUAUUUGAUCCAUUCCUUAUUUGUUUGUUGUAUUUUUCCUUGUACAUUGUGAAUAUUUUCCAGAGACCAUUGACACACAUCUGUAAAAAUAAUUAGAUUUUGCCAGGGGAAAAAAGGAAACAUUUUGCGUUGAUGUGAGAAUAAAUUUAACAGCUUUUGCUCUGAUUCUGGAAAGUUCAUCUUGCUCUGUUGUUUUGCCUUUUACUCCUUUGGCACCCGCAAACAAGUUAUUUAAAAUACAUGUAUUUUCAAUGUAGCCUACUGUUUACAUCUCUAUAUAGAGGUGAGGGAUUUAGUCGUUUAUAGUCAUUUUAAUCUCUUAAAUAUGGGGAUAAAACACCGAAUAAGAACAAAACAAUUUUUUGAGCUCAGAUUAAUUUCAAUCACAGGCCUGUAAGUGCAGCCUAUAUUCUUGUUUGAACAUAUUCUUGCAACAUGGUGACGGACAUUGUAAGAGAGAAGAAGAAGAAAGAAAUCCAUCCCAUUUGUCAGGCUACAGAUAUAGAAAAAUGGGCUAUUUAAACAGAAAUAUAUAUGUCAAACAUAAGCAUUAGAUAUAAGCUAUAGCUACUGAAAAUCUUUUAAUGAAGUCGAAAGUAACUGAAAAUUUGAUGGGGACUUCAUACACACGUGUAUUACUAUUUCAUGUUCAUUGUUGUUGUAUUAAUUAUUAUAAUUAUCAAUUCGCGUGUUUAUAUUGUCAUAUAC